AUGCAUAAAUAAUAUGACUUGUAGUUAUUCAGUGGCGCCACAAUUCAAUUGAAGCACCUGAGUACAAACGAUUACCUCUUUUCAAACCGAAUCAAGUUGACGAGCGGAUCGAAAGAAACAAUGUUGGGAUGUACUAAAAACCAAUAUUAGGAAGGGACAAAAUUCUAAAUGCACUUAGCGUACACAGAUUUCGGAGAUAUGCUUUAUUAACCAAUAAAAUAUGGAGACCUUGUAUAUUUAAAAUAAUUAGAUUAAAUUGUGACUAUUAAUGUCAAUAGCAAGUCAUAAACAUCUAAUUAAAAGGAAGCCAUUUUAAUGGAGAAGCAAAAUGAAAUUUUGGGUUCUUAAAUAUUUGUAAUCACUCCCUCAGAACUUUGGCAAGGUUCCCUUCUAAAAAUCAAAGAAUCAACAAUAAAUCAAGCAUCAAUCAUAAGACUCAUUAAUAUAACGUCCAAUUUAUCCUUGCAUUCGAAUUCAAUAUAUUUUAAAUAGAAGGAUUUGACUGGCUGCAUAGAAGUAACUGGAUGUAGUGAGAGAGAUCAAAACGAUGACUGGUUUAUAAACAUUCAUGACAUUAAUCUGAAGGAUGGGAUGAUACAUGUGUUGCCCAGAUUUAGUAAACCAAUUUUUCAUGGGAGUCUGGUGAUAAUUCGAAAUGCAUUUUUGGGUACAGCUUUAAAUUCUCAUUCUGUUUUAUUAAAGUCAAAAAACUAGGAAGUAACUACUAAUCCUGUGAUACCCAGAAUAUAGAAUGAACUUUGGGAGGUUGUUCUGAUGAAAAUUGAAGGGGAAAGAAAAAGAUCAAUUGAGAAUCAAUUGUUGUAUGGUGAAAAGUUUUCUCUAUUGCAUUCAAAAACUAAUCAGUUUCUAAAAUAUAAUCAAGGAUAGACUAAUUCAGAUAAAACAUUUUAGGUUUGUUGUUCUGAUGAAAAUCUAUUCUUAGAAGAAUGGUCUAUCAUUCCUUUGAUUCCAUAAUAAACCCCAGCAGUGUUCUGUAAUGACUUUUUCCUCAUUCAAAAUAAUACUUGUUAAUAGUACUUGACUUCGAUUGCAGAACCCUCUUAUACAACCAAAUAACAAUACAAAACAUUUCUAACUUAGUUGCCAACCAAUGCUUCAGUGUGGACUAUUGAAGCGGUAUUGAAUAAUAAGCAAAAUUAUUCAUGA